AUUCAUGCUUCUCUCUCGCUCGCUCGCUCGCUCUCCUCCGGCGCUUCCCGUGUGUGUCUCCGGGAACGAGGCGGGCGGGCCCGCGAAGAAACAAAACAAAAAGGGAAACCUCUAUGUUUCAAGGACCCGCCUUCGCAGGUUGGGGGUCCCGGACGUGUCUCUUUCUGGAAAAGCUUGAGUUCGGAGAUGCAUUAGCAUUUAGCGGCUUCCUCUUGACUUAAGGUAUGAUGUGAAUAUGCGUUGCCUGGCGGCCCGCAUCAACUACAAGACCCUGAUCGUCAUCUGCGUGCUCUUCACCCUGGUGACGGUCCUGCUCUGGAACCGGUGCUCCAACGGUCAAGCGGGCUCUUUCCUGCGUGGCGGCGGCGGCGUUGGCGGCUUCCGGGCCGAGGGUCCGGAGAAGCGGGCGGCCCCCUCGGAGAGCAUCGCGGGGCGCGAGGGCGAUGGGGGCCCCGCCGCAGGCCGGGCGCAGAGCGAGGAGGCCUCCCCGCAGGAGCAGCAGAAGGCCCCGCCGGUGGUGGCGGUGGGGGGCGGCUCCCGUGGGAACAAGGCCCCCGGCCUCAGGUACGAGGAGAUCGACUGCCUGAUCAACGAGGAGCACACCAUCAAGGGCCGGCGGGAGGGCGCGGAGGUCUUCCUGCCCUUCUCCUGGGUGGAGAAGUACUUCGACGUCUACGGCAAGGUGGCCCAGUACGACGGCUACGACCGCUUUGAGUUCUCGCACAGCUACUCCAAGGUCUACGCCCAGAGGGGCCCCUACCACCCGGACGGGGUCUUCAUGUCCUUCGAGGGCUACAACGUGGAGGUCCGGGACCGGGUCAAGUGCAUUAGCGGCGUCGAAGGGGUGCCGCUGUCGACGCAGUGGGGUCCGCAGGGCUACUUCUACCCCAUCCAGAUCGCCCAGUACGGGCUCAGCCACUACAGCAAGAACCUGACCGAGAAGCCCCCCAACGUGGUGGUCUAUGAAACGGCCGAGGAGCGGGAGCCGGGCGGGCGAUCCGGGGACUGGACCGUGCCCAAGGGCGGCUCCGUGACCACGGUGCCGGACAAGGCCCGCUUCACCAACGUCAAGCACUUCGUGGUCCCAGAAAACUCGGAGGGUGCCUGGCUGGCGCUGGGCAACGGGCGGGACUUCAUCCUGUCCUUGGACCUGCGCUUGGUGGGCAACGGCAGCGUCUCGGUGGUCCUGGAGACGACGGAGAAGGGCCCGCCCUUCACGCUGCACUACGUCUCGGACUCGCACCUCAUCUCCUUCAAGGACCGGGACGUCUCGUACGGGAUCGGGGCCCGGUCCGGCUGGAGCACGCUCACCCGGGACCUGGUGACGGACCUGCGCAAAGGGGUGGGCCUCUCGCACACCAAGGCGGUCAAGCCCACCAAGAUCAUGCCCCGGAAGGUGGUGCGGCUGGUGGUGCGCGGCAGGGGCUUCCUCGACAACGUCACCGUCUCCUCCACCGCCCACAUGGCCGCCUUCUUCGCCGCCAGCGACUGGCUGGUGCGCAACCAGGACGAGCGGGGCGGCUGGCCCAUCAUGGUGACCCGGAAGCUGGGGGAGGGGUUCCGGUCGCUGGAGCCGGGCUGGUACUCGGCCAUGGCGCAGGGGCAGGCCAUGUCCACGCUGGUGCGGGCCUUCCUGCUGACCAAGGAGCAGGCCUUCCUGGCGGCCGCGCUGCGGGCCACGGCCCCGUACAAGCUGCCCUCGGAGCAGCGCGGCGUGAAGGCCGUCUUCAUGGGCCGGCACGACUGGUACGAGGAGUACCCCACGCGGCCCAGCUCCUUCGUGCUCAACGGCUUCAUGUACUCCCUCAUCGGCCUCUACGACCUGAAGGAGACGGCCGGGGAGGCGCUGGGCAGGGAGGCCCGGGGGCUGUACGAGCGCGGCAUGGACUCCCUCAAGGCCAUGCUCCCGCUCUACGACACCGGCUCCGGCACCGUCUACGACCUGCGCCACUUCAUGCUGGGCGCCGCCCCCAACCUGGCCCGCUGGGACUACCACACCACGCACAUCAACCAGCUCCAGCUGCUCAGCACCGUCGACGACAGCCCCGUCUUCAGGGAGUUCGCCAAGCGCUGGAAGGGCUACCUGCGCGGCGGGAGGGCCAAGCACAACUGAGCCCCCCGAGUGGGAUCCCGUGCCCCCCGUUGCGCUCCAGAGCCUAGAAGGACAACUCUGCGCGUUGUGUACUUUUUCAUAUAAAGUGAUCCUUAAAACCAGGCCUGCACAGCCUGUCACUCUCCCAAGCAGUUUGGACUUCAGGUCCCAGAAUUCCCUGCCAUUGGACACACUGACGAUAGGGAAUUCUGGGAGCCGGAGGCCCAGACGCCUGGAGGCUGCAGGUUGGAGAGGUCUGCUUGAAACCAUUAUUUUCCAAUGUUUCCCAAACUCUGCUCUUCCAAGUAUUUUGGACUUCAGAGCCCAGAAUUCCCUGCCAUUGGCGAUAGUGAAUUCUGGGAAUCGGCAGCCCAAACGCCUGGAGGCCGCAGGUUGGAGAGGUCUGCUUGAGAUCGUUCUUUUCCUGCUCUUGCAGGUAUAUUGGACUUCAGGUCCCAGAAUUCCCUGCCAUUGGCAAUAGGGGAUUCUGGGAGCUGGAGGCCCAAACGCCUAGAGGUUGGAGAGGUCUGCUUGAAACCCAUUCUGUUCCAGUGUUUUGGAAACUCUGCUCUUCCAGGUAUUUUGGACUUCAGAGCCCAGAAUCCCCGACCCUUGCCCAAAUGAAGACCAAAACACUUGCAGGACUAACAUUUGGGAAUCGCUGUUUGAACUGUUGCAUUCCAGCGGUUUAAUCCGUUAGUUCAGUAGUAUCCAACCUUUGGUCCUCCAAGUGUUUUAGUUCAGCUCCCAGAAUUCCUGGUCCAACUGGCAAUUGGAGCUUCUGGGAGUUGUAGUCCCAAACACCUGUAGCACCACAGGCUGGACACACUGCUUUAGGGCAAGAAGGGACGUUGGAGGGGCUUCGUGUGGCCCCUGUAUCCAUGGCCCAUGGAGCCCCCACCAGCCCCCUAAACUUGCCCCAUUUUCCCCCCUUAUUUUAUUUUAAAUCGGCAUCAUUUUGAGGGCAGUUUUUGCCAAAAUCACUCUCUCAAACUUGGGAAAACAUGGGAAGAUGCACCCUCAACUUCUCACCAACGCGGCAGGUCUUUGCUGCUCUAAAGCAUCUCACUUUCCUGCUGCGGUGUCUCCCCGAAUGGCAAAAGGACGUGGCAUCCGGUGGUCAUUUGGGGAGCGACUGCGGGAGGAAAACGGGGAUGUUGGGCCUCGGGGUGCAUCCUCGGGGGGACGUGAGCCCCUCCCCACGGUCCUUCGGCCCCUUUUUGUAGCGUCCGAGGUACUUUCUCAAAGUGGGCGUCCAAGGCGACCGAAUCCAAACGUUGUCCACUUGUUUACUUCUUCACUGAGGUCCGUCGUAACACUUGUGCAUUAUUACGUGUCUUCUUCAGACAGCCUUUUCCGUUACAGUUGGAGUUUUUUAGGGCAAAAAGUACUACAGAAACCAUCACAGUGGGUUUGGGAAAAACACAAGAAAAAAGGAGAUAAGAAUAUUAUUCCCAUUCCUUUGAGCCAAGAUUCGUAACACUAAGUGGUCUCACAGCCACUUUAUUUCCUUGUCACCCAGAGCGUGACGGGUGCCUGUUUUUUCUACGUAUAUCCAUAUAUGUUUCCCCCUUUUUGGGGAAUGUUUGGAGCUGUUUGGUUUAAGAUUCCGUUUGCUGGGAAAUGUGAUCUGUUGGGAUGUUUUCGUUCUCGAAGCACAACAAGGAGUGGGACCAGCCGGCUGCACAAAAACAGGGCCACACUGGUUCUGCCAUCUCACACUCUCGUGUUCGACACUAACCCUUUCCUCCUUUGUAUUGAGCAUUUUUGUAUUUUUCUGUUUUUUGGGAGAUUUGGGUGGCCCUUUUGCAUCCUCAGUACUUGCUGAAACAAAGUGCAAAUCAGUUUGCAGAAGGGGCUCGAAAUGAACCUCUUUUCUGCAGCUGCUCUUGAUCAUGAAGCUCCUCUUUGGUGAAUGAUUGUCCUUUACAUUUGUGAUUUAUUUUAUUUUAGCAAAGGAAUCUGGUCUGUGGAGCUGGUCACUGCAAUUCAGUAGUCCGCAAACUUUGUUCCCGCCGCUGUUUUGAACCGCGUUAUUUCUUUCCAUUUCUACUGCUACAAAAAAGCAUCUUCCACUUGGCAAAUUUCCUCCUGGUUCCUGAGAAGCCGAUGCCGUGAGAGACACAAGUCUUUGCGGAAGCAAACUGAGAGGCUGGAAUAACAAGAGAGCCCUUAUCCUCUUAGAUGCAUUUCCCACUGAGAUGUGCCGAAAUCUUCCCAAACACGUUUCCUGGGAAUUGUGUCCAUCUUUUUGAGCGUUGUGUCUCAAAUCCAAGAAGCCUUCCAACAAAACCAGGCAUGGCUUUCUGCAGCGAUAUCUCUUUUCCGUUGCUGGUUGGCACAUUUCUGAGCUUCUCAGGCCCAAAAGCCUUUCUUUCGGGUGUUUGGUUCCUUCUUGGGAAUGUGGUAACCACCUUUCGGGAUGCUUCCGAACCUUUCCCCAUGCUUUUUUCUCCCUCUUUGGCAAAUGCGCAUUUCCCAGGCAAGUCUGGGAAGGUACAACAUGUUUCUUAGGGCACAAAACGACACGACCACAAACUUUGGUGCUAACACGUCGGCACAAGGGUUUUACGACAAAGGUAGAGUCCAUUUCCCACGUUUCCACCCAAAGCAUACCUGGCUUUCCCCUGCGUUUCUCCUUGAAAAUUGUGAUGAAGUGACAUUUUUGUAUGAUUUGGGAGGAGAAAUGGAACAAAAAAGUAACGAGAAUGGGGAGAAAAGUCAAAAUGGAACAAAAGGUAGGUGAAAUGGAAGGAAAUGGUAGGAGAGAAUGUUGCCUAUAUGUGUUUAAGAAGGUUUUGGGGGCAGAUUUGAACCUCAACAUGACAAAAAAUGUGUUUUCUUGCAAAAAGUCAGGGCACAACCACACUUCCAAAUCUUGACAAUAGUGGUGCUUGCCUUUUGGGAAAGCCUUGAAUUCCCUGGGCACUCAACACAGCACUUUCGUACUCUUUGAUUUCCUGGUGAAUUUCCAGAGAUCUAGGCCUGGAUCUCUGUGAGAGGCUUCCUUGCGGAAUAAUGCAGAGAUGCUUCCCUUGAGUGAUUUGGUGCAUCAAGGAUCGGCAAUGCCUUCCAGAUGUUGGGACUGCAACUCCCAUUAUCCCUGGCCAUUGAAUGCACAUUGGCUGGGAGAUGUUGGGAAUGGCGAUACUAAAUGCAUCUGGAGGGUGUGCAUUGUCUGCUUGUGAGACAUGGCUAGAAGUGUGCAAUCUCUGGAUUGGGAACUUGUGUGGCUUGGAUGGGAAUAAUCAUGAUAACUUCAAAUUGUAGAAGAGACGGUUGCUGGCCACCUCUCCUGCUCUGGCCUUUUCUCCUUUGGUGCUUGAGCUGGACAGUCUUGUGGACAAAGGUCAGGAAAGAAGUCAAGUGUGGCUCUUGGGUCUCUUGGCGCAUGAUGCCAAAAUGGCUCUGAAAAGAGAGUUGUGGGUUCUUCCCGGGCAACAGAGGCGCAGAAUGAGCUCUCUUCCUCGUCGGGCAUGUUCUGGCCAUCGAGAUUUGUAGCAACAAGAUGUGCAGAAUGAGAUCAAUGACUCUUUUGGCUGUGCAUCUUCGGAGUGGCCCGGGCAUGUUUUGUUGGGGGCAAGCGCUGCUUUCGUGACCUGUUUGUGCCUUAACCGUGCGGCCAUAGCUUUCUCCUGCGAUAAGGAAAGAAAUAGCGACAGCAGCAUUGCUUGUUCUGGCUGGAAAGGUGUGUCCAUGAUCGGUCACAGAGGACCAAGGUGCCGCCAGAUAUUGGUUGACUCUCUGGGCUUAGGUACAGUCAGUCGGAUCCCGUAUUUAUCCUUGCAAGGGAUCCGAGGGGGCCAGGAGCCCUUUCUCUGGCCGGUGCGGGAUUUUCAUUUCAUUCUUAUGUCCGAAUGAUGCCGUUUGGGGCACACUUUGGGCCUGGUGCAUGGUCACCGUUAAGAGUUGGAAGGAAGGCAAAUGGGUUUGUGGAAAGUGUGACUCAAGUGUCAUUGCAUCCCAAAAGGAAAGAGGUUUGCAGAGUCCGCAAUUUGCCCGUCUUGGGUCUCCGCAUCGACCCUCUUCCUCCUUCAUUGUGCAGGGAUUUCGGAUGCAGCCGGAAGGCAACAGGAAACCAUGUGCUGCUGUUGAUUAUUUUUGGACAUAGAUAGAAAGUGAAGGCAAAUUGUGAGACUCGGCUUCGUGCCUCUUGCACGUUUGUGCAAAGCGCUUUCUCACGAGAAACCCAUGAGAUGGAAGUGCCGCCCAAGACCCCACAAGCACAACCUUCGCCGUCCAUACGAGACUCGCGCAAUGCCGCUCUUUUUCACCCACUUUGCAAUCAUCCUUUUUCUGGUGGUCGUUGUCAUUGUUGUUUUGAUUUCCUUUUCCCCCCUUUGCUUGUCUACAUGUGGGAUUGACUCCAUGUGUUAAAUAUGCAAUAAAUUGUUUACAGGAUUUGCCCCUUUGAAGGGCGGGGAAAAAGUCCUUUGUAAAGCUGUACAGACUCUGUGGGUUUAAGCACAAUGUGCACAGGUUAGUUUUCUAUACGGCGAGACGUGAACCUUUUUUUGCAGCGGGAAACGCCCUGUUAUGUUUAUAUAUAUAUAUAUACAUAUAAAUAAAAUACAAAUCUAUAUAUAUAUAUAAAGAAUUAAAAGCUUUGUGCUUCGUGUAAAGCUGCUUUAUAAAAAUUGUAAAAUAAAACGUUUUUAAUCUUA